UGCGGACACUGACGAUCUACUUUGGGAACUGGAGUAGCUGGUGUCACCGGAGUCUGGAGCCAUGAGCGGGUUUAAUUUUGGAGGAAGAAAACUUACAGAUGCACUUCCUUGCCAGUCCAGACACGUGGCCUCUGCUUAAGUUCCUCUUCAUUAAUUAAUAUGAAGACGGCAAGCGUGCUGACACAGUUUGGAGUCAGAGGCCUUUAAAGGACGCUGACAUCUGUGGUCUAACAAGGGCAUCAGGACAGAGCCACCACCAUUGACCCCAGUUCUGCACACGCCCAACGAUGACUUCUGUCCUGGGCUGACCAGAAAGGCCAUGGGUGCUGAGAGAGCCCCCCAGAGCCAGCCAUGCAGCACCGGCUCCCUCCCGAGAGUCAUGGCCCCACUGGCCCCGCGCCUCCUCGUCCUCAUGCCCAUCCUCAGCCUGGUGGCCUCCCUGGGCUGGAAGGCAGCCUCCAGCUCUGACCCCUUUGAGAAAUGCAUGCAGGACCCUGACUACGAGCAGCUGCUCAAGGUGAUGACCUUGGGCCUCAGCCGGACCUCAAAGCCCCAGCGGGUGAUUGUGGUUGGCGCUGGCGUGGCAGGGCUGGUGGCCGCCAAGGUGCUCAGCGAUGCUGGACACAAGGUCACCAUCCUAGAGGCAGAUAACAGGAUUGGGGGCCGCAUCCUGACCUACCGGGACCGGAAGACGGGCUGGAUUGGGGAACUGGGAGCCAUGCGCAUGCCCAGCUCUCACCGGAUCCUCCACCAGCUCUGCAAGAGCCUAGGGCUCAACCUGACCAAGUUCACGCAGUACGACGAGAACGCCUGGACCGAGGUGGGCAGCGUCAGGCUGCGGAACUACGUGGUGGAGAAGAUGCCCGAGAAGCUGGGCUACGCCCUGUCCCCCAAGGAGAAGGGCCACUCGCCCGAGGAGAUCUACCAGAUGGCUCUCAGCAAGGCCCUCAGAGAUCUCAAGAAGCUGGGCUGCAAACAGGCGAUGAGGAAGUUCGAGAGCCACACGCUGCUGGAAUACCUCCUCGGGGAGGGGAACCUGAGCCGGCCGGCCGUGCGGCUCCUGGGAGACGUGAUGUCCAAGGACGGCUUCUUCUAUCUGAGCUUCGCCGAGUCCUUGCGGGCCCACAGCUGCCUCAGCGACCGGCUCCGGUACAAUCGCAUAGUGGGCGGCUGGGACCUGCUGCCGCGCGCGCUGCUGAGCUCGCUGUCCGGGCCCGUGCUGCUGAACGCGCCCGUCGUGGCGAUCAAGCAGGAGCCACACGAUGUGCACGUGCAGGUCGCGACCUCGCAGGGAGCGCGGAGUCUGAAGGUGCUGAAGGCCGACGUGGUGCUGCUGACGGCGAGUGGACCCGCGCUCGAGCGUUUGGCCUUCAGGCCGCCCCUGUCGCGCCAGCGGCAGGAAGCGCUGCGCGGGCUGCACUACGUGCCGGCCACCAAGGUGUUCCUGACCUUUCGCCGGCCCUUCUGGAACGAGGAGCACAUCGAGGGCGGCCACUCCAACACCGACCGGCCAUCGCGCAUGAUAUUUUACCCGCCGCCCGGCGAGGGCGCGCUGCUGCUGGCCUCGUACACGUGGUCGGACUCCGCAGCCGCGUUCUCCGGCCUGACCCCCAAGGAGGCCCUGCGCCUGGCGCUCGACGACGUGGCGGCACUGCAUGGGCCGCUCGUGUACCAGCUCUGGGAUGGCAGAGGCAUCGUGAAGCGCUGGGCGGAAAACCACGGCGGCUUCGUGGUGCAGCCGCCGAACCUCUGGCAAACCAAGGACGCCCGGGAGAACCACGACUGGGCCGUCCCCUCCGGCCGCAUCUACUUCGCAGGCGAGCACACCGCCUACCCGCACGGCUGGGUGGAGACGGCCGUCAAGUCGGCGCUGCGUGCCGCCAUCAGGAUCAACAGCCGGGAGGGGCGGGGGCUGUGGCGGGGGCCUGUGCGGGCCCCCGUGACGGCCACCCGCACCCCGUGCGACCUGGCGAAGCAAGCGGCCACCCGCCCUGCAGCCCAACAGAUGUCUUUUCUGAACUCGACCAGUAGCGAGACUGUGAAUUAAAGUAUUUUCCCAAAAAGCCAUGUUGUCCACCCCCCUGCUGGCUUCCCUAGUUCGAAGGGGCUGCGCCAGGCCUGGAGGCCCAGAACUGUCCCUUAACUUCUUCCUGGACGUGGGGCUGCGACACAGGAACAGCAAAUGGUGACCCCGGGGCCCACCGCGGCAGAGGCACACGUGGGUCCUGAUGCGAGUACAGGAAACCAGAGUGGGUGAAAGGACGGGGUUUACUCCUCACAGGUCGCGCGGGUAGGCAGGGUCCCCGGAGAUAGCGACUGCGGGCCGCCAGCCACCGCUCCUCCCCAGGCCGGGUCAGGCAGGUAAGGCAGCCCCGCCUCCAUGCCCUCCUCGCUCACCCCCAAGGGGACCUCCCCUCA